GCAGCACUGUCCAGCAGAGUACAUGCACCUUGUUCCCCGCACUGUGCUUCUACCCCACUGUCUCUCUGUCACCCUCUACCUCUCCCUACCACAGUCUGCGUGCUUCUUACCCCUAAGGCCCGGAUGUACAGACACACGUCCAUAUUAUUCAGGCCUUGGCCAUGACCACGCUGUGGGGUAAUUUCUACAUAUUAGCCCUAGCAGCCCUCACACCCGCAAGUGAGGGACUGCUGAUCAGUGACCCUUCCUCUCCCCGGCUCCUCUGCUCUGUGCUGCUGUGGCUUUGGCUGCCCACGCCACCCGUCCCAGGCUCACCACAAGGAGACACAGGCUGGCUGAUGUAACAUUUAUUGACAAGGAGGGGCGAGAGAGAAGAGAGGCGGCGCCGGCAACAUCCAGCACGCUGCUGCUCCGGCUGCCACACACAGUGCCGCCGACCUUGUGUGUGUCUUGCUAGAGAGCACCUCACCCAUCCCAGCAGCAUCCCGUGCGAUUUUGACAAGAUGAGCUGCAACGUGCUUCUUGAUUUUGGACAACAGCUGUUCCGUCGCAAGGUUAUAGGAGCUGAAACAAAGGAGAGCAGAUUGGCACGAUGCCUCAACACUUUCGACUUGAUAGCCCUGGGUGUGGGUAGCACACUUGGCGCUGGAGUAUAUGUCCUGGCCGGCGCUGUGGCGCGGGACAAUGCUGGGCCUGCCAUCGUCCUCUGUUUCCUCAUUGCUGCCCUGGCUUCUGUUCUUGCUGGUCUGUGUUACGGAGAAUUUGGUGCAAGAGUUCCAAAAACUGGCUCUGCCUACCUGUACAGCUACGUCACAGUAGGGGAGCUGCUGGCUUUUAUCACAGGCUGGAAUCUAAUUCUGUCUUACGUUAUUGGUACAUCUAGCGUAGCCCGCGCAUGGAGUGCAGGAUUCGAUGAAAUCUUCGGCGGGCAGAUUAAAGCAUUCUGUUUACAGCAUUUCAGCAUGAACGUACCAGGGGUGCUGGCCAAAUAUCCUGAUCUGUUUUCCGUCAUCAUAAUAGUGGUACUAACAGCUCUGUUAACCAUUGGGGUCAAAGAAUCAGCCCUUGUAAGCAAGAUCUUCACAUGUGUCAACGUACUGGUCCUGUGUUUUGUCAUCGUUUCCGGCUUUGUGAAAGGAUCAAUUAAGAACUGGCAGCUUUCAGAGGAUGACCUCAACGGGACCAACAUUACGCACUUCGACAAUAAUACAAAUUCCAGCACUUGGAAUUAUGGCACUGGUGGAUUUAUGCCUUAUGGAUUUUCUGGAGUACUUUCUGGGGCUGCUACCUGCUUCUAUGCAUUUGUUGGAUUUGAUUGCAUCGCUACUACAGGUGAAGAAGUGAAGAACCCUCAGCGAGCCAUUCCUAUCGGCAUUGUGGCAUCUCUCCUUAUCUGCUUUGUGGCGUACUUUGGAGUGUCUGCGGCCCUCACCCUCAUGCAGCCCUAUUAUAAGCUGGAUACCCUCAGCCCUUUGCCGGAGGCGUUCACUUACAUAGGAUGGCAUGGCGCGAGAUACGCUGUGGCUGUUGGGUCCCUGUGUGCUCUUUCUACCAGCCUUCUUGGUUCCAUGUUUCCUAUGCCUCGUGUGAUCUAUGCCAUGGCGGAUGAUGGGCUGCUAUUUAAAGUUUUAGCCAGAGUUAGUGAGAAAAGUAAGACGCCGGUAAUAGCUACAGUUUCAUCUGGAUUUGUGGCAGCCUUGAUGGCGUUCUUGUUUGACUUAAAAGACUUGGUGGAUUUGAUGUCCAUUGGGACACUUCUGGCCUAUUCCUUGGUGGCGGCCUGUGUGUUAGUGUUAAGGUAUCAACCAGAACAGCCAAAUAUCGCUUACCAAAUGGCAAGAACGAAUGAUGACGCUGAUAUCAUCAAUGAAUCUGCCAGUACCAGUGAGUCUCAAAACGCCAUUCUGGGAGAGGAUGAGAAAUUUGCGAUCCAGGCGCUCUUGUUCCCACCAAACUUAGAACCAACCAGACUAUCAGGGUCCAUAGUAAACUACUCUGCGAGUAUUAUAGGUCUGCUCAUUAUCUCCUUUUGUUGCCUCACUGUCUUUGGUCAAGAGUCCCUGGUAAAUGGAAGCGCGUCUGUUAUUAUUCCACUCUCAAUCAUUCUGCUUUUAUGUUUCAUCACCACCAUCAUCAUCUGGAGACAACCAGAGAGCAAAACUAAACUGUCUUUUAAGGUACCGUUCCUUCCUGUGCUUCCUAUCUUCAGUAUUUUUGUAAAUGUAUAUCUGAUGAUGCAGUUAGACAAAGGCACCUGGAUAAGAUUUGCAAUUUGGAUGAUUAUAGGUUUCAUUAUAUAUUUCGGCUACGGUAUGUGGCACAGCGCAGAAGCGGCCAACUCCGUACCAGACAGUAACGCUGAUAGCUACAAAAGGACUUAUGUGCUGAAUAACGAGAAACAAGCGUUUCUAGAGGACUCGGCAGCCUCCAACGCGGUGACUGUGUGGGACCCAGAGGAGGACGUCUGAGUGGUACAAUCACAUUACUCGUACCAAAAGCUUGCAGAAAUCACACUACUCCCACACAGAUGUACUUACAGAAGGUAGAGCCAGAGUUGCCUACCAAUGCUGCUAUUCUCCCAAACAAUCCAUGGCUCUUACUGUAACGUACCAGGCCUGCUGUGACUCGGAUCUGCCGAAUGCCGUCUACACAACCAACAACUACUGUAAACGGCAGCAGGAGGAAACCUUUUUUUGUUUUUAGUUUUUGUUUUGAACUAGAUAACUGGUGGAAAUGUUGAAUAUUGCUGUGGCUAUCAGAGAGAGUGACACCAUUCUCCAGCCUGUAAAUCGCCAGGAGGCAUUCUAGAAUUGGUAUAUAUUUCAAAAUAUCACCUAGGGAAUUGAAGGGGGCAUUUCAUGCUGACGGAUUGCGGUCUGUGCAGACUAAGGAUCCUACAGACAAACAAACAUUUUAUCUUGAAGAAAAGUUAACUUCUUCAAAUUUUUUUUUUUUUCUAAUUAAAUGUGCAGUGCGCGUAAAGCGAUGAUAACUUUACAUCAGACCACAGAGACCUUUAGAUGUUGUGAUAAUGAUUAACCUUUAUUUAUAAAACCCUACUUGUUACGCAGUGCUGUACAUUAAGGGGGAUCUUGAUGUCAGUAAUAUACCGGGACAUGAAAUAGAAGCUAUAUAUUACCCUGACCGAACGAGCAUUAAUUUUACGUCUUCACUUAUUUAUAACAGAAUUACUAUGUUAACCCACUGUGCUGCACAGCAAAACCAAUGCAAGGAGAUGUCGUUAGGCUGUGCUCGUUAUUUCUGGCACAUUGUGUUCUCUUGAUGUCGUGACAUCUUGGCUGUUUAUAUUAGUUGAAACAUGGUAUAACUUCUGUCCAGUAAUUCUAGUUGGGGAACAGCCGAGUGUCACCCUGAUGGGGUUGGGUAUGGCUUACCAGCGUCCGGGAUCCCGGCGGUCAGCACCCAGACGUUGGAAUGCGAGCCGCAGAAUGCGUUGAGGGGGGGGGGCAACGAAGCCACUUACAGGCUCGCUAUGCUCGCCACAGGUUCUAUUCCCAAUCUAUGGUUGUCGUGGACACCCACGAGUGGUAAUAGUCCCUGCUAGUCAACAUGCCGACUGUCAGGAUUCGGAGCGGGCGGGAUGUAGGGGCCAGUAUUGUGACCAGCGGUCUCCUGUCUGCUGGUCACAUAACUGCCUCCCCCCUGAUGUGGGGUAUCUCCUGGAGUUUCUGCGGACGCCUCUGCCUGUCAGUCGGGCAGAGGUGAUUGUAUAUGUGAGCUGCCGUCGCAUUGUGUGCACACGCAGUGUGGCUUUUGCUUUUUUUGAGGAAAUUCACCUUUAGUUUGCAGUUCAAUUCAAAACUCGCAUUUACCCAGCAAAUUUACUUUUAUUUUUUUGUGCGCACAACCUUGAGCAGGGAAGAGGUCAGGAAAGUUUAUUUUUUCUGGGGGGGAGGUAAAAGUGUCGGCACAUAGUGCAGAAUCCUUGGUGCACCGCUCCCAAUGAAUAAUCACACAGUUGUAGGGUUUUAAAAAUUCGGCCAAUAAAGACAUGGUGGUUUUCUGGUGAUUUCUCUAAAUAGGUCAACAAUGGUUAAAUGUUGUACGUAGAGGGGUUGUCUUGUUUGGAGAGGGGUUUUAGAACUUUGUUUAAAAAAAAAAUGUUUUAAACUUUAUUAAAACAUUGAAAAAUCUCAUUAAGCACUUUUUUCUGUACCCCAACACAUUUUGGAAGGAUCUACAUUUGCUGAAAAACACUGUUUUUCCAUCAUUAAUAAAAUAAAAAAGAUGCAGAAAUCCUACAUCUGACACCUUAUAAGGGGUCCAAUGAUUUCCCCACUUCUAAAUGUGCUGCUGCCAGGCCGCUUCUUGUAGAAGAGUCGCACAACCUGAGUGGUACGAGUAGCCAUUUCUGAUUAAGUCUCACUUUGUGGGUGCUCACAUUGCUGCAAUGUAUGGGUGUUUUAUGAUGUGAGUUUGCUUCUAGUUGAAUUGAAGCUUGAGCCGUGGAUUUAGGAAGCAUGGAUGUAAUGUACAAGAAGAUCAUUUUGCCUCUACUCCGGAUACGUUAUAGCAGAGUGUUUCCUACGUGGACUCGCCUCCACGUGAAAUGAUGUGAGAAUGUCUUGUCUACAGUGUUUUAUAUGCAAACCUGAUAAAUGAUUUCUUUAGAAGAUGUGAACACUGCUUAGGCCUGGUCUAUAUAAUGAAGUGGUGUAGUAUAGCCAUUGCUUCCAGUGGUAAUCAUAUGCUGGAGAACUAGUCUAGAUGCUUUCCUGAUUGUCUUGUAAAUAGUUUUUGUUAGUAUGAGUGUAUACGUAGAUUUUGCAGCUUCUGUUAUAUCGGAGAUCCAGUCUUCUAUAUUUUAGUUCUGGGGUGGGAUACGGGAAACCUUUUAUACUUGUCUUCUUUUUAUUGUGUUAGGUGACUUCUAUUCACCAGCUGUAUAGAUAAGCGCACAACUCCCUCUCUGUGCUUGUGAGGGUCCAUAUCUCUUACAUAGCUCUCAGUCUUCACAGACAGUGAUAGAUUACAUAUAACUGGUGUCUGCUGGUUCCCUACAGACGUGUGUUUAUAUUGCAUAUCUAGUUUUAUGUACAACAAUAAAGUAACAUGACUGUCUAUGCGUUCCAUCAGGGAAUAUCUGUUAGUGAUGUCACACUAGUGGGAGGAGUCGGAUUCACCGCUACAAAUACUGUACAGCAGAAAGUUUGUAGUCUGUGCUUGUGUGAGAUUCCCACGUAUGCAGUGCAUUGUAUUUCCACAUCAGUAUGCUGAAUUCUGCUCUGAGGUCACAUGGAGGGAACGAUCAGACAGGCUAGGCGGAUAAAUUGCUCCAAGCUUUCCAUCACUAAGCAGCAUUUAUCGCUCAGCUGCUGGAAUUGCUCCUGUGCUAAAGUAUAGGGGAAGGUUGUAAAUUAAUGGCCAUUUUCCUCGAACCCUGCUAUACAAAUACAUUACCUGGUCUGCUCAUUUAACCUGAUAUUUCUGCUGAAAAAUCCCAGUGUAGAAAUUGUCGGUACGCUAUAAAUGUAGGACUGCUUAAAAAAAUAUGCAAUAAAACAGCAGUGCUCAGCCCCUUCCCACACAAAGUGACGGAACAUCAUUGGGGCGAUAGUCAAUUGAAUUGUCUCUUUAGCGCGCUGAUUGUGCCAAUAGAGGUCGGGCUUAGCUGCUUUUCGCAGAUCGUGAUAAGUGCCGUUUGGAUGCCUAAACUGGUCACUUUGCGCAUUUUAGCUCUCCACCCUGGGGUGAUGUGAGCUGAAAUGCAGCCGUCAGCAGCCAUCGCACCCAAACAGAGCUACAAUUGAAUAGCUUGGUGGUUCCCAACCUUGGUGCUCAAGUACCCCCAACAGUUCAUGUUUUGCAGGUCACCUAGCAGUUGAACAGGUGUAUUCAUUACUCACUGACAUGUUAUAAAAGACCCACAGGUGGAGCAAAUUAUUUCACUUGCAAUCCUUUGAGGAGACCUGGAAAAUUUGAACUGUUGGGGGUACUUGAGGACCACGGUUAGGAACCACUGGAAUAGCUCCAUUUGCGUGCCAUCUAGUGGCUGCUGGCGUGAUAACAUUUGAAGUCCGCCCUAUGAAUACAUGUUUUGAAUGGAGUCCUUCUGAUUUAAUGCAUUCAUUUUUAAAUAUUCCGAUUUGAAACAACCUGCAGAAGUUUACAUUUUGGGUAGAUGUGAAAAUCCUUUGAGAGAGAUAAAUGUAUGGAGAAGUGAGUCAGUGGAGAAGCUGCCCAUGACAACCAGUCAGCUGCUCAGUAUAAUUGUAUAGUAUGCAAAUUAUAUGUUACUUCAAUGCUGAUUGGUUGCCAUGGGCAACUUCUCCACUGGCUCACUUCUCAACACUUAUCACUGCUUCAUACAUUUACCCCAAAGUACCAACCAGUCGGCUCCUAACUGCCAUGUCAUAGGCUGUGUUGGAGAAAUGACAGGGGCUGGUUGGCUGGAAUUUUCUCUCCUCUUUCUAUCUAAGAUUUGAUACAUGUCUCAGCUUAACAGGAUUACGUGGCACUUAGAGCCUGAGUUUUUAAAGGGCCAGGUAACCUUGUACUGCCAGUAUAGGCCAUGAUUUUUUAUUUAUUUAAUGUGUGCAUGUAUGUUAUAUACAGUAUCUAUCUGUAUGUUACAAUAUUAUUUACAGCUCCAUGUGUGUUUGAUGUCCGAAUCCUUUUUCCAAAGUGUGUACAAUGUCUUGCUGCCGGCAGCAUGGGAUGUUGUUGCCAUAGAAUGUAUUAUGUGGAAAUUGGCUGGAACAGUUUCUCAGUGGUGCCCACUUACUUACAUUACGGGCCGUAUUCAAUAGCUGCCAGGUCCUUUCUGACGAAAAGGACCCAACAGCUUUCUAUUCAAUGCCUGGCCCGUUCACGAGCGUGUCAAUCCGACUUUCUUAAAAGUAGGAUUGACAUUGUCAGAAACGGGGCUUAAACCUGUCUGGUUUGGCCCCGCUUCUGACAAUACAUGCAGAUCGGCGGACGUACAUUCCGACAAGUCAGGAAUUCCCGACUUUUUGGAAAAAACGGUCCCCUAAUGAAUAGGUCGGAAUCCCAUUCGACCUAAAUCUGUCGGAAGCUGCAGUCUUUCCGACAAGAUGGCAGCUUCUGACACUUAUUGAAUAUACCCCUUCAUUCUUCAGGGUUUGUGGAAGAUCAUUUUAGGUUAUCCGUUAAAGGAUGACUAAAGCUGACCUUUAUUAUGCUUUGUAUUAAACUUACCUUAAGUAUGGACAUCAGUAUCUGUCGUUCUCGAAUGUAGGCCUUGGAAGAAAACGGACACCUUUUCUGAGCCAAGAAUAAGUGCUAAGAAGGAAAUGUUUUACAUUCGGCUAUCCGCAAAGGACGCACACAGCAACAGGCAUCUUGGCGCUUUGCUUUGGGUAAUUCAAGGAUUUACACUGUAACGUUACAUAAUGCUUGUCAAUCUAAUCGUCAGUGCUUGCAGUAAAUAUUAGCGCUAACUGGCUGCAGUCCUCGUCAUAUCAAAGUCCCACUGAAAUUGUGCCUUUUCCUUUUCAAUGUACUUUCUACCUUUUUUAUGCAUUUUGCUUUAGUGAAGUUUUUUCCCUCCUACAAUAUAUUUUUGUGCAAACUUUGAGAAAUUUAGUUUUUACAUUGAUAUGUAAAUGUUUUAAUCUUCUGUAAAUAGAUUUCUAGUAUUUAUCUUAUUUAAGUAAACUCUUAGACAAUUUGUUGCUUUUUGGUUAAAUUUUGUAUUUGUAUAGAAAAAUCCUAGGGAAAGAUUGGGGGCAAUAUUUGAAAUGAACUUUUUGUGAAGCUUGCGAAACGCGCUUUAUGCAUAUGUUCAGAAUAAAGUUGAUCUGAUCUUGCAAA